UUUAACGACCAACCUUGAGACCAGCGUGGCAUUAAAUGACAAGUGACUUUAACCAAUGUCUUCGGACGCUCCAAAAGCGACCCCACCCGUUCAGACGGGUGACCAAUCCCUCCUCCGGCCUGCGCGGGUAAAGGGGGCUGGACUCCGGCCCUGUAUUGUUUACGUCCGUUGCCAAAAGUAGGUCAUAGAAAGAGUGUGACAGCUAGCGGCGAGAAGACUUGGAUGUUUUUACAGAAACGUUUUUCUAGGCUGUAUCUCGGCUGGCUUUAACAUCAAGUUACGCCUGUGGAGAGACUAAAAAGGACCCGGCGGACUGCUAGGCGACCUCUACAAAGCUGCCCCUGGCUCCAGUUGCCACCACUGUAAAGAAGUCUGAGUCAGUGUGGUGGCCUUUGGCUGGCAUGUCCAGGCGCAGCAGGAACAGUCGGGCGUGGCGGUACGUGUGGAGUGGAAUUCAGCGUGAUGCAGAUGCAAGAGCACUGGUGCUGGCCUCAGAGAGCGAAGAGUGGGGCUACGAUCGCCUACAGUACAGUGACUCUGACUCAGAAGCCGAGUAUUCUGCUAUCGUGCCUUCAGUACCCAGUGCAGUGCCAGUAACUGGAGAGUCAUACUGCGGCUGCGACUCGCAGAUGGAACCCAGCUGCAACCCUCGUCUGCGCAGUUUCCCACGCCUGCGGGACUGCCACUGUGGUGAGGAUGACCAGGAAUUUGACUGGGUGUGGGACGAGGGCAGUCGGUCAGCAGCCACACUGUUGAGCUGCGAGAACAGAAAGGUGAGCUUCCACUCGGAAUACAGCUGCGGCACAGCAGCCAUCCGCGGAUCCAAGGAACUCUCAGAGGGACAGCACUUCUGGGAGAUCAAAAUGACCUCUCCUGUCUACGGCACAGACAUGAUGGUAGGCAUUGGCACAUCAGAUGUGAAUCUGAACAAAUACAGACACACAUUCUGCAGCUUACUGGGUAAAGAUGAAGACAGCUGGGGCCUGUCAUAUACAGGGUUGCUACAUCAUAAUGGUGACAAGGUGAGCUUUUCAUCACGAUUUGGCCAAGGAUCAAUCAUAGGAGUUCAUCUGGACACCUGGCAUGGGACACUUACCUUCUUCAAAAACCGCAAAUGCAUUGGUGUAGCUGCCACGGAGCUGCAGAACAAGCGCGUGUAUCCAAUGGCAUGCUCCACGGCUGCCAAAAGCAGCAUGAAGGUGAUCCGCUCUGUCUCCGCCCCCACCUCUCUCCAGUACCUCUGCUGCUGGCGUCUCCGCAAGCUCCUCCCCUCUGGGGCAGACGCCCUUGGGGUCCUGCCCCUGCCACCCGGACUUAGGCACCUCCUGCACUCCAAACUCGGCUGGGUGCUAAGCUUGGACCACUCGCAUCCACGCACAAAUUCGAACGCUCACACGCCGCCUGGGCCCUCGUCAGGCAGCGACUCGGAAGGCUGUGCUUCUGACCCUGAGGCCUGCCAGAGGAAACGCUGCCGCUGGACCUGAGGCUCAGAUUCUCUGACAAAAACGCAUACAUGCACACUCUCUCUCACUUAACACAUGGUCAAUCUAUCCCAUUGUACAAACUCAGUUAUUUUAUUUUGAUGCUAUCAAUAGAUGGAGCUGGCUGAAAAACGAACCUUUGAAAAGAAACAUUUUCAGUCAAGUCAGUUGCACAUCUCAUGCACCCAUUUUAACACACACACUCUAUUCUUGAGCAUUAACCUCUGUGAAACUGUUGAAGUUGCAUUGUGGUGUGUGGAGAAUCACCAGACAUGCAAAAUAGCACUUUGUUUAUGUGCGAGGGCAUGUAAAACUCACGAAUACGUAUUAGGACUGGAGAGUGAACUGACUUUCCUUUCCAUUUGACUCUUCUCCAGUGCAUUGGGACAGAAGAUAAUGCCACUCUAUCCCUUAUAAACUCUUUAAUAAGUCA